AGCAAGAGAGAGAUCGAGAUCUAGAAGCUUCUUCCUCCAUUCUUCAUUUCGUCCUUCCACCGUUCCCUCUUGCCACUGGCACUGGCGACUGGAAAAGGAGGUCUUUUUCUUCUUCCUCCUCCUCCGUGUGCUGUCGCGUGGAAGCAAGGGGAUUCAUCUUGCUUCUAUCUGCUUCCCUUCAUCGAUCGCUCACUGUCACGAUCUAUCACAAGCUUGUCCGAUCCCUGUUCUUCUGUGUCGCCGGCGAUGGGCCCUUCAACAUUGGGCUGUGGUAUUCAUUCUUUGAUGCUGAAGGUCCGAUGCUCUGUUUUUUUUUUUCCUUCUCCUGUUCAGCACCGAACUCCUCUCCCUCCAUCAUCGUUGUUGCCUGUGGCUGGAUAUUUCCUUGGUGGAACUGAAACAUCAGCAACAACUGCAAAGUGGUCAAUGUCAGAACUUCUUAGAAACCCCAACAAAAUGCAAAAGGCACAGGAAGAGGUAAGAAAGGUUUUCGGAAGUAAAGGAUAUGUAGAUGAAUCAGAAUUUCAUCAUUUGAGAUAUGUAUCUACAGUCAUAAAAGAAACCCUAAGGCUCCACCCACCAGCGCCAUUGCUACUUCCUAGAGAAAAUAGCAAGGGGUGUAAGAUUAAUAGUUAUGAGAUACCUCCUAAGACUAAAGUCAUAAUCAAUAGCUGGGCCAUUGGAAGAGAUCCAAAGUAUUGGGAUGAGCCAGAGAAAUUUGAACCAGAAAGGUUCCUGAAUGCCUCAAUUGAUUACAACUUUAAAGGCACAGAAUUUGAGUACAUCCCAUUUGGUUCUGGAAGGAGGAUAUGUCCUGGAGUCUCAUUUGCUGUAGUUCUUGUUGAAAUCAUGCUAUCCACUUUGCUUUACCACUUUGAUUGGAAACUUCCGAAUGGACUAGAGCACGAGAAGUUGGACAUGACUGAGAAAUAUGGUCCCACUAGAAGGAAAAACAAUCUUUGCUUGAUUCCUAUCAGAUAUGACCCUUAAUUUGUCUGCGUUAUUAUCUGACUCCAUCCACAAAUGUCUCCUUUAUUUACAAGCCUCCAUUUUCCAUUCUGUCAUUGUGCAAACUGCAUGGAACCGUAUGCUUCUGAUCAAAUAAAG